AUGUUGAUAAUCGGACUUAUCUAUUCAAUUACAUUCCACAAAUUGUCAUUAUCUAAUUAUGUUUCCCUAAUGUCCUACUUGUUUCUGUUUGACUUUUUAUUCAUUGGAAUUUUCAUAUCGACGAUAUGUUGGCUUAUUUGCAACAAAUUCCUUAUUGAUUCUAGUGGAGAGAGUGGAGAAAAUGUUGAGUGGCUGUACAGUUUUGAUGUUCAUACCAACUCUUUCAUACCAAUCUUCAUUCUGCUCUAUGUGGUUCAAUAUACCAUGCUUCCUAUACUUACAAUGGACAAUAUUAUUGGCACUACUCUUUCUGCUUUGCUUUUCAUGUUUGCUUUUUCUUACUAUAAUUAUUUAACAUUUAGAGGAUAUUUAAAUUUGACUUUCAUCAAAAACUCGGAGAUAUUUCUUUAUCCUAUCGCAGCUGUAUUGGUAUUCACUGUUGUCUGCAUUUUCACAGGUUUUAAUUGCACCAAGGCCGUGCUCUCGUUAUACAUUGGAACCAACAACAAAUAA